AUGGACAACCAUCGAAAACUUCUAAAUUCAGGUGGCAGCCUAAAUAAUCGUUGGAUUAGCCUGAUUUGCUGGACAGCUUGGAUUUCUCGACCACCUCGGUGGGCCCCACUUAGAACGUGUGCCUUACAAGGGACUUCAAGAGAAACGGCCUCCCAAAACAAAACCCCAAACGGCAUUAUAGCCGCUCCUCCCCACCACUUCAGUUCUCCUCUCAAAAGAAUAAAGAGGGUUGAAGGAAAAAACAGAAGGGGACAGAGCAAGGAAGAAGAACGUGAAAUGGAGAAAAUCUCGUCUCCAGAAGCCAUGAAAGAAGAGCUGGUACGUAGGGGCUGGUUUUUCAGAGAAGAAGCUGGAGAUGUUCUUCGUGGCCUCUUCCAAAGCAGCUGUCCUGAUGAAAUCGGUGUGCUGAGUCGUGUUGAAUCAGAGUUGAUGAACAUGGAUUUGAGAGAGAUCGGUGGAAAAUCAUUGCCAGAUCCUUCUUCCAUCAGAAAAUCUUCCCAUCUACACGGCCCUAAAAUCCUUCAGCUGGUAUCUGUAAGGGAUUUGUAUCAAAGUAGCAUUGAGGCUUCAUUUAAGAAUUCACAGCGCAGACGUCGUCUCCUUCGGAUCUGUCUCACUGAUGGGCGUUCGGAGGUAAUUGCGAUAGAGUAUGCUCCAAUAGCAUCAAUCACCGAAGAGAUUGUUCCGGGCUCUAAGGUUCGCCUGGAAAGCAAAAUCCCUAUACAUAAUGGCAUAUUAUGUUUAGAUUCUAAAGUGGUAACUGUACUGGGCGGUCUUGUUCCAUCACUUUACGAGGAGUGGCAGAUGAGUCAGAAAUAUUCAGGUUUCUCUCGAUCAACUUUGAGGCUAUCUAAAAGCGGUGAAGGUGUUGGUCCUCCACCAUUUGAAAAGUUGCAGAUUGAAGUGCGGCCACGUCAGGUCCCUCAGCAGCACAGUUCACAUAGCAGUUAUUCUGAUCCUCCCAAGCCAACCUCAAAAGUCGCAUUGCCUUCUAAAUUGAGUGGAAGUUCUGAUGAUCAACAAGUUGGAAGGAACCAUGGCCAGAAGAUUCUUGAGAAGAGCCAGCAAACCAGUGAUUCAAACACGAACAAGAUGGAUGAUGAUCCAGCUAGGGUUUCUGUUGCUGGAAGGAAUGAAGACAAACCAAGUAGCUCGGAAUCCAGGCCAAAAGAAGCGAUUGAAGCUGUUCCAGUUCAAAAUCAAGCUGCUGCACAGAAACUCCUACAGAGAAUGAGUCAGCCGGCCCAGGGUGAAAGGCAAUCAAGAGGUCCAAAAUAUCGAGGAAAAGGCAAGCAAGAAGACCCUGCAGUUUUCACUCUAGAUGAAUGGGAAAGGAGGAAAGGUGGGGCAAAACCUCCCAUAAGACACGGGUUCCAAGAUGUUAGCCAUGAUGAGGAGCUCGCUCGGCAGCUACAGAAUCAAUUAGAUUUGGAGGAUUUUCAAGUAAAGACGGGUUCCGAAUCAGAAGCGGAUUGGAUACGAAUGAACAUGUUCAACUUUGGCGGAGCUGAAGAUCGAAAUGACGGUGGAAGGGAAUUUAGAGGGAGAGGGAGGGGAAGAGGAAGGGGAAGGGGAAGGAGGAGAUUCGGUUGAGCCAGCAUUCUUCCUCUACAAUUCAUCUACCUGUCGCGUCCUCCUGAUAGGUGUGAUGGUUUAUUUCUAUUCAGAAUAUGGGUUUCGAUAGGAUACAGUGACCAUCGUAUCACAGCUAUGGUACAUGGGUGGUUUCACUCCCUUGCUUUUAGAUGAUGAUCUGAACCAUUCAUUAUCUGUGCCACAGGGGGGCCAUCCUAAGAUUUACUGAAUGGAUGAUUGUGUAUGGAGAUGAAUUUGGAACAUUGAAUGGAUGAUUGUGUACAGGGAACAUUGAAAAGUAAAUUCUUAUUGGCUCAUAUUCAAAUCCAAGAGCCAAAGGUCAGGAUCAUCAAUGAAGCAUGAUUAUAAGAU